GGCGGGAGGCGGCGACCGGCGGGCGCUCCCUGCAUGGGCAGAGCCCCGCGGCAGCCAUGGGGCAGGGCGAGUCGGAGCCGCAGGAGGAGGCGGAGGACGCGUCCCUGACGGCCGUGCUGCCCAGGCUGUUCGCCGACGAGCCGCUCUCCACCGGGGCGGUACUGGGGGUGCUGCUCGGCCUCAGCCUCUUCGCCAUCCUCGUGGCCGCUGCCAUCGUGGUGCUGGUCCGGCGGCUGCGCCUCAAGAAGGUCCCGGCGCAGGGGACACCCAAAUACCGCUUCCGAAAGAGGGACAAGGUGCUGUUCUACGGGCGCAAGAUCAUGCGCAAGGUCUCCCAGUCCACCUCCUCCCUGGUGGACACCACCAUCUCCAGCACCUCGCGGCCCCGCAUGAAGAAGAAGCUCAAAAUGCUCAACAUCGCCAAAAAGUUCCUGCGCAUCCAGAAGGAGCUGCCCACGCUGCAGCUGAAGGAGCCCCCCCCCUCGGUGCUGGAAGCCGACCUGACCGAAUUUGACGUGGCCAAUUCCCACCUCCCCUCCGAGGUGCUCUACAUGCUCAAAAACGUCCGAGUGCUGGGACACUUUGAGAAGCCGCUGUUCCUGGAGCUCUGCAAGCACAUGGUGUUCCAGCAGUGUCAGCAAGGGGAUUACGUCUUCCGACCCGGUCAGCCCGACACCAGCAUCUACGUGCUGCAGGAUGGCAAGCUGGAGCUGCUCCUCACCGAGCCGGACGGAAAGGAGACGGUGAUGAAGGAGGUGUUCCCUGGAGACAGCGUGCACAGCCUGCUCAGCAUCCUCGAUGUCAUCACGGGCCACCAGCGGCCGUACCGGACGGUGUGCGCGCGGGCAGCAGAGGACUCCACGGUGCUGCGGCUGCCGGUCGAAGCCUUCUCAGCCGUCUUCGAGAAAUACCCCGAAAGCUUGGUGCGGGUGGUGCAGAUCAUCAUGGUGCGCUUGCAGCGCGUCACCUUCCUGGCGCUGCACAAUUACUUGGGCCUGACCAACGAGCUUUUCAGCCACGAGAUGCAGCCGCUGCGCCUCUUCCCGCAGCCCGGCCACGCCACCCGCACCAGCCCCGUGCGCCACAGCAAGCGGGGGCUCAGCGCCGCCGAAGAGGGCAGGGAAAGGCAAACGGAGCUGGUCGAGCCGCUGAAAGCCGGAGCCCUGGAUGCCCCCGCGCCCCCGCUGCUGAGCCGCUGCAUCUCCAUGCCUGUGGAUAUCUCUGGCAUCCAGAAGGGUCCCCGCUCCGACUUCGACAUGGCCUACGAGCGCGGCCGCAUCUCGGUGUCACUGCAGGAGGACAGCACCGGCGCCAUGGCCGCCUUCUCCCGGUCCGUCUCACACGAGCCCAAGGAGCGCAAGUCGGUGACGGUGGAGGAGCAGCCGUCGGGCGUUUACCGCUACCAGCACUGCGAGGACGACGCGGGCGGCGGGGACUGGCCCUUCGGGCCCUACCAGGGCCGCCAGCCCAGCGCCAUCUUCGAGGCCGCCAAGCGGGAGCUGGUCAAGCUGAUGAAGGUGGAGGACCCUUCUCUGCUCAACAACCGCGUUCUGCUCCAUCAUGCCAAAGCCGGGACGGUCAUUGCCCGUCAAGGGGACCAGGACGUGAGCCUCCACUUCGUGCUGUGGGGCUGCCUGCACGUGUACCAGAGGAUGAUCGACAAGGCGGAGGACGUCUGCCUCUUCCUGACGCAGCCCGGCGAGAUGGUGGGGCAGCUGGCCGUGCUCACCGGCGAGCCCCUCAUCUUCACCAUCAAGGCCAACCGCGACUGCACCUUCCUCAAGAUCUCCAAAUCGGACUUCUACGAGAUCAUGCGGGAGCAGCCCAGCGUGGUGCUGAGCGUGGCCCACACCGUGGCCGCCCGCAUGUCGCCCUUCGUGCGCCAGAUGGACUUCGCCAUCGACUGGAUGGCGGUGGAGGCCGGCCGGGCGCUCUACAGGCAGGGCGACAAGUCGGACUGCACCUACAUCGCGCUCAACGGGCGCCUCCGCUCCGUCAUCCAGAAGGGCAGCGGCAAGAAGGAGCUGAUCGGGGAGUACGGCCGCGGGGACCUCAUCGGCGUGGUGGAAGCCCUCACCCGGCAGCCCCGUGCCACCACGGUCCACGCGGUCCGGGACACGGAGCUGGCUAAGCUGCCCGAGGGCACCUUGAACAACAUCAAGCGUCGGUACCCCCAGGUUGUCACCCGUCUCAUCCACCUCCUGAGCCAGAAGAUCUUGGGAAACCUCCAGCAGCUCCGCGGCCCCUUUGCAGGCUCUGGUUUGGGCAUGGCCUCCAGCUCGGAGCCCACCAACCCUACCAGCAACCUGUCAACGGUGGCGGUGCUGCCGGUGUGCGACGACGUGCCCACGGCCGCCUUCACGCUGGAGCUCAAGCACGCGCUUAACGCCAUCGGUCCCACGCUGCUCCUCACCAGCGACAUCAUCCGCGCUCGGCUCGGCUCCUCGGCACUUGACAGCAUCCAGGAGUACCGCCUGUCGGGCUGGCUGGCGCAGCAGGAAGACAUCCACCGCAUCGUGCUCUACCAAACCGACUGCACCCUGACGCCGUGGACCGUGCGCUGCAUCCGCCAGGCCGACUGCAUCCUCAUCGUAGGCUUGGGCGACCAGGAGCCGGCGCUGGGAGAGCUGGAGCAGAUGCUGGAGAACACGGCGGUGCGCGCGCUGAAGCAGCUCAUCCUCCUGCACCGCGAGGACGGCCCCAGCCCGUCCCGCACCGUCGAGUGGCUCAACAUGCGGAGCUGGUGCUCGGGCCACCUGCACAUCAAGUGUCCCCGGCGCGUCUUCUCCCGUCGCAGCCCCGCCAAGCUGCGGGAGAUGUACGAGAAGGUGUUUGAGAAGAGCGCCGAUCGGCACAGCGACUUCUCCCGCCUGGCGCGGGUGCUCACCGGUAACACCAUUGCCCUUGUCCUGGGGGGCGGCGGAGCCAGGGGCUGCUCCCACAUCGGGGUGAUCAAGUCGAUGGAGGAGGCGGGGAUCCCCAUCGACAUGGUUGGAGGCACCUCCAUCGGCUCCUUCAUCGGGGCGCUGUACGCCGAGGAGCGCAGCGCCGUGCGCACCAAGCAGCGGGCGCGCGAGUGGGCCAAGUGCAUGAAUUCGGUGUUCGAGACCGUCCUGGAUCUCACCUACCCCAUCACCUCCAUGUUUUCGGGCUCAGCCUUCAACGCCAGCAUCAACAAGGUUUUCCAGGACAAGCAGAUCGAGGACCUUUGGCUUCCCUACUUCAACGUCACCACUGACAUCACGGCCUCGGCCAUGCGGGUGCACACGGACGGCUCGCUCUGGCGGUACGUGCGAGCCAGCAUGACCCUUUCUGGGUACCUACCGCCACUCUGCGACCCCAAGGACGGCAACUUGCUGAUGGACGGUGGUUACAUCAACAACCUGCCAGCCGACAUCGCCCGCAACAUGGGUGCCAAGACGGUGAUCGCCAUCGACGUGGGCAGCCAGGACGAGACGGAUCUGUGCAACUACGGGGACAGCCUGUCGGGCUGGUGGCUGCUCUGGAAACGCCUCAACCCCUGGGCUGAGAAAGUCAAGGUGCCUGACAUGGCCGAGAUCCAGUCGCGGUUGGCCUACGUGUCGUGCGUGCGGCAGCUGGAGGUGGUGAAGUCCAGCUCGUACUGUGAGUACAUCCGCCCCCCCAUUGACCGCUUCAAGACCAUGGAUUUCGGCAAGUUCGACGAGAUCUACGACGUGGGGUACCAGCACGGCAAGGUGGUCUUCGACGGUUGGAGCCGGGGCGACAUCAUCGAGAAGAUGGUGAAGGACCGGCGCUCGGCCGACUUCUACGAGAGCAAACGCAUGGACGUGCUCACGUGCCCCAGCGCCGGCUUCACGGACCUGGCAGAGAUCAUCUCGCGCAUCGAGCCCGCCAAGCCCUACCCCUCGGACGGCUACGCGGACGAGGAGUCCGACUACCUCACCGAGUACGAGGACGAGGGGCCGGAGCUGACGCGGGGCGAGGAGGAAGCCUUUGCCCCGACCGAGUGGCCCGGAGCUGGCGCUUUGGAGGCUGAGGAUGAGAAGAGCCUGCGGCACCGCCCGAGCCCAGCCCGAGCCUCCUCCACGUCCCACACGUGAGCCCAGAUGGCACUGAAGGAGCCCAGGAGCCCCCCCGGGUGAUGCCCUGGCACCGCCUCCGUGCCCCAGGGUCCCCCCGAUCCCCUCUUCCAUGGCCGCUUCCCUGGCCAGGGCUCAGCCCCGUGGCACUUUCCCACUCGCCCCAGGCUUGUCCCCGCUACUGUCCCCAAGCUGGGGUGACAACGGGGGCUCCAGGGACCCCUCCCCUCCUUUUCCCCCCAUCCUGCACUGUUGCACUGGCCCAAAUCCCCCCUCCGUGGCCUGGCCCUG